UUUGUUAGUCAAGGUCCAAGAGCUCUCAAAUUGGGAAGUAUUAAUACAUACCUUGUAACCUCAAAAUUAACUAGUAUAUUUCUAUAAUACUCUGUCGUUAUCUAAAUUGAACUAUUUAUUAGAAUAACUAGACGCUCGAAAAAAAAAUACGGUUGACCUAUGGAUAUCAAAAAUGGUAAAAUGACUAUGGUAACGUCUCAAAAUUCCGACAAAAAGUAGGAGUAUCUAUUAAAAUAACUAGAGGUUCAUAGAGGAGACUUUUUUGGGGGAAAUAUGAAAGAUGUAAGUAGGUGUAGAGCAAUGGGCUUGUUGCCGACUUUUUUUUUUCGCAAUUUUUUUCAUAGAAUUCAACAACACUUAACAUCCUAAAUAAACUGUAAAAAUUUCAGCUUUCUAUGUAUAUCCAAUCUUUAGAUAUUCGACGUUAAAUAUUGAAUAUCCGUAAAUGAGGAAUUUACUUUAUAGGUGUUUUUCUUUCAAUUUGUAAAAUUAAAAAAAAUUGAGAACAUUAUCGGACUUAUGUUAAUUAAAAAUUAAUCGUCCUUUCUAACUUUUCCAAGUUCACUUUAGAAUGCCGCGUUGAAUAUUUGAAAGCAGUUAAGAAAGUUAGUUUGAUAUAUUAAUACUUGGGUUUUAUUAAUAAAACUCGGAAAAAAUAGUAAUUAUGUAAAUUGGCUAUUGAUUAAAAUAACUAGAGGUUUGUAAUAAAAUAUAUAGGGGCUCGUUGGUAAACGGCGAAUAGAACACGUAAAUGGAAGUAUCUACCAAGAUCUUAGUGAAAUACAAAGUGCUCGAUGGAAAACCAAUUUACUUUAAAAAUAUGUAAAAAAGGUUUUAUAAAUAUUAGUUCCCAAAUCAAGAUUUAUAUUUUUAGACAUAAUUUAGGAACCACUUGGAAUAAUUUCCUUUUUUUUUACACAGAUAGAGGCGUUCCUGAGAAUGGAUUUGAGGGUAAAAACGUAAUUUAGAGUUAAGAAUUUGGGUAGUAAUUAAAGUAAAGUAGUUUUUGUUUGGGUAACUUUUUUAAGAAAUUUUCAAUAUUCUUCAGAAAAUUUUUAUGAAAUAAUUGGAAUAUUCUUAUAUAAGAGUUUCACUCAAAGAAAGCAAAGUUCUUUUCUAAGAUUUUUAUAAAGUAACAAUUUUUGUUCCUCAAAAACUCACUGAAUAGUUUCUAAGAUGCGGAAUGUUAAAUUUAAAAAAAAUAAUUGUAGUUGUCCUGUAGGCAAUUCUCUUGACAUUUUAUAGUAUUAUUUCGAGUAAUAAGAAACGAAAUCAUGCUUAAUCACAGAGACAAUUUAAUUUUGAGACUUUUUGGCCAAACAUUUUUAAAAACAUGUGCACCAGGUCCCAAGUCUUUCAAGAUCAUAAAAUCACGAUGCAUAAUUUAUCAACUUAUUGAAUGAUUUACUGAUUGUAACCUUGACGCGUGUCCUGAAGGUCAUUUAAAAGUCAACUUUAUUACCUUUCUAUAGAACAGUUUUUUUGUACUUUGAAUAGGAUUCAAAAACUCACUUUUUGUUGUAAUUUACAAUUAAUUCCUAGUUUUCAGACACCUAUUUAUUACAUUUUAUUUAAGUAUGAAUUGACGCUCAGCAAACCCAAAAAUCUCCUAGACAGAUCCUUAUUUUGUACUACAUUGCUAUGGGUAUAAACUACAGUAAAACUCCUCUAAUUCGAACUUCUUUAUCUCGAAAUAUUCCCUAAUUCGAAUAUUUUAUACUACCAAAAAAGGUAUCAUCAAGUUUAUAUGAUAUUUUAUCUCUAUAAGACACAUUUCUCUAUCUCGAAUUUUUCUAUAAGUCGAAAUAACGUUUAACGCAUUGCCGAUGGCUAACUCGAAUUUUGCGGGGUACGGACAUUUUUCUAGGAAAAAAUCUGUUUGUUACAUGGAUUUGCUAUUGCAUCAUUUUUCUUUUUAUUAGUUCAAACGGAAAAAGGCUCUCAUCGCGAGACGUGGCGGUUUUGUGGUUACAGUUUUUUGGUGCGUAUGCGAAUUAAGACAAUUUGUUUUUAUUAAAAAUAAUUACGGCUAAGAGAAAUUUAAAGUGCUUACCAUUGUGUGAGAAAUUGAAAUUAAUUGCUGAAGUGGAAAAAGGUGAAAAGAAAAAGAAGGAUAUUGCCGAACAGUUUGGGAUACCACCCAAUACUCUGUCAACGAUCCUAAAAAACAAGGAUAGACUUUUAUAAAAAAAAGAUGAUUACGCUUCAAACUGUAAGAGAAGGCUUACACCUUGUGUGAAUGAAGAUAUUGAUGAAGCAAUCUUGUCUUGUGAAGAAUGGCAAAAGAAUGUAUUGCCCACUCUGAUCGUUGCAAUAUGAUAAGGAUGACAUUUUUAAUGCUGAUGAAACAGGAGUUUUCUUUAAAUGUUUACCCAACAAAACACUAGCAUUUAAAGGACAAAAAUGCUAUGGUGGCAAAAACAGCAAGGAACGAAUUACAGUUAUGGUUGGAAGUAAUAUGAGUGGGACUGAAAAGCUUACGUUGCUAAUCAUUGGUCAAAGAAUCAAAGUCAAAGAAUCCACGUUGUUUUAAGGGCAUUAAAUCAUUUGCAGUGGACUAUGAGUUUAAUAAAAAAGCAUGGAUGACAAGUGAGAUUUAUGAAAAAUGGCUAUUAAAGCUUGAUAAGAAAUUUGCAGCCCAAAGAAGAAAAGUUUUACUAUUCGUUGAUAAUUGUCCUGCACAUCCCAAGUCUGUUGAAUCUAAGUUAAAAAAUAUUAAACUUGAAUAUUUUCCGCCUAAACCUUACGUCAAUCUUACAACCCAUGGAUCAAGGAAUUAUAAAAAAUUUGAAGCAACAUUAUAGGAAGCGGAUUGUUAUGAAAGUUUUAGCCCAUAUGGAAGUGGCAACUCCUACAACUGUGCCGUUACUUGACGCAAUUCAAGAUCUUAAUAAAACGUGGACUCUGGACGUAAAAGAACAAACCAUUGUUAAUUGCUUUAGAAAAGCAGGAUUUGUUAAAGAUAAAGUUCAACAAGAUGCUGAUAACUGGGACGAGGAUGACCUUGUUCCAUUAUCUGAAUUAAAAACCCUGUGGACCUCAUACAGAAGGGCUAUAAACAUGAGUGAUGUUUCAUUUGAAGACUAUGUGACGAUUGAUGAUAAUGUACAAACAACAGGUUUUCCAACUGAUGAAGAGAUCCUAGAAAGCGUAAUAGAAAAUCUUGUUCCAAAUAAAAAAGACCCUGAAGAAAAUGAAGAUGAUGGCCAAAGCGAAGGUGAGACUGUUCCGACACCUACAAUUGACGAGACGAUUUCUGCUAUUGAAAAGAUAAGAUGUUUUAUUAUAUCCAGAGAAAAUAUUCCAUAUGAAAUACACAAUUCUUUAAAUUUAUUAGAAGAAAUAAGGAAAAAUGGACCAAUUUCACACAAAAAAAAUAACUGACUUCUUUAAAAAAAAUUUAUAAACAUAUUGAUAUGCAUACAUAUUAUGUAACACAUACAACAUACAAAAUUUUAGUUUUAUACGAAGAAAAUACUUUUUUUGGUACUAAUAAACAAUAACCACUUAAUUAGGCGUUUUUUUCUGUAAGUCGAUUUUUCCAUAAGUCGAAUUUUUUAGUCUGUCCCUUGAAGAUUCGAGUUAGAGAAGUUUCACUGUAUAUAGAUACAAAUAGUAGAUCUUAUGCAAGAGUAAAGUAUAAGGUACUAAUAUUUCUCCUAAAAAAGGCAUAGCCAAAAAUUGGUUCUAUAGGAAAGUAAUCGAAAAACCUUUAGCACAUUUUUUUGAUUUUUUUUGAAUCAAUUAUGACCUUUUGCCAAGGUCAUAACUGAUUCAUAAUCAAUUGAAGAGUUGUUUUUUUUUAAAUGCAAACCAAAAGAACGGUUUUCAUGGGACAGUCAUCAAGUUAUCCUUUAAAUGACCUUUAGAAAUCAAUAAUGUGGAAAUUAUGCAAUAUAGGAUAGUUCCUUUUAAGUCGUAUAAAUCGAAAGCGAGUUUUGAUCCUAGGACUAUUUUCUCUUUAUCGUUAUAGUGACGUUUGUAUCGAGUCUAAUUUUAAUAAAUAAAAGAGGGUCAUGGAAAAAAGUUAGUAUGUAG